UGCGACAAGUAGUGAUGAAGGUGUCGCGAAUUAGUUGUCAUUUUGGUUCUGCGCGAGGUGGAUUUGCUCGCUUUCCUCUCCGCAUUUUUCCCCCGAAUUUUCAAUGCCCCACACGUGAUUGCGUAAUUUAAUCAAUACUGAUCAUAUUGGUAAACUAGUGAAGUGAUAGAAAUGAAAAUCUGGACAUCGGAACAUACAUUUAACCAUCCCUGGGAGACGGUGACGCAGGCUGCUUGGCGGAAAUACCCAAAUCCCAUGAAUCAGGGUGUCAUUGGGACGGAUGUUGUAGACAGGAAGGUAGUCAAUGGAGUCCUACACACCCACAGACUUGUUAGUUCCAAAUGGUACUUCCCCAAAUGGGCGCAAAAGCUGAUUGGAACGGCAAAAAUUUGCUAUGCUAGUGAAAAAUCCACAGUAGACCCUCAGAGUCGAGUGAUGAUGCUGCGAACGAUAAAUUUAACAUUCUGCAAAUUCAUCUCUCUCGAUGAGGUGCUCUUCUACACACCACACCCCACGGAACCGGGGAAGACACUCCUUAAGCAAGAGGCUACAGUGACGGUACAGGGUGUUCCACUGAGUCACUACAUGGAGGAUAUUCUCACAUCAAAGAUCAGCUUUAAUGCAGGAAAGGGUAGGCAGGGCCUCGAAUGGGUUAUUGGACGGCUAAACUCAGAGAUGAAGGGCAUCGCUGAAUCAGCGUGCAAGAGUACAGAUGAAAUUAUUACACAGACGAAAAAGUCACUGGACGACAUCACAGUGACGGCGCGGAAGAAUAUGGACGAACUGAGUGCGACGACCAAUAUGCAUCUCUAGCGAGGUUUUUUUACACAGCCCAAGGCCUCUGAAAAGACCACACAACAUGCCAACACACCAUUAUCCAAAAUCAUAGCUAAAGUAAUUGAUUUAUUAAAAAUAAUAGGUAAUUUAUUUUGUAAAAAAAAAUGAGAGAAAGAGAAAGAGCGUUGAAAGGAUGAAGCACUAUAGGUAUUUUUUUUUUCAUUUUAAUUUGUUAAAUUAAAAACCCAAUUUGUCUGUAAGGAGUCAGUUGGAUCGUCACAAAGUGCUCACUAUUAUGCUCCCACCCACACAUUUAGUGCGGGGUGAGAGAGAAAAUUAUGAUUUGUGACUCGCAAUGACUCUUUGUUUUAAUUUUAAUAUUAAAAAAAAAAAGAAAAAUUUAGAGUGAUUUGCGAGAGAGAACGACAAAGAUUGCAAGGAUUUUUCCAUUAAAUGUUUUUCUUUUCUCACAACAUAAAAGGCUUAAAGUUGUAAAAAAAAAUUGAGAGAGAAAGAAAGAGAAAAUCCUUAUACCUGUUCAUUAGAAAUCAAAUAAAUUGGAUGUUUUAUUUCUUAAAAAUUAAUAAAA